GUAAUGGUGGCAAAACGAAUUUUCAUUCGCGUCUCGUUUCUUUUCAGUCUUCUCAUCCAAAAACCGUCCGCUUCUUUUGGGUGUGAAGAAGUGCAAUAGAUCACAGAACCAGGGGUUUCCACUCUCAAGAAACCCUAUUCCGAUCCUAAAAACUCGAAAAUCAAACUCCUUCUAUGGGGAUUCUCCGACCUCGAUCAUACGCGGCUCGCCGGACUGAAAGAGAGUAAUCGAUUCUGUUUUCCAGUAUUCGCUGAGAAGGAACUCCUUCGAUCAUCUUCAUCAUGUUUGAAGCUCAUGUUCUGCAUUUGCUUCGAAGAUACUUGGGCGAAUAUGUCCAUGGGCUCUCAACAGAGGCUCUAAGGAUCAGUGUCUGGAAAGGCGAUGUGGUCCUCAAGGAUUUAAAAUUGAAGGCAGAGGCACUAAAUUCACUAAAACUCCCUGUCACUGUCAAAGCUGGUUUUGUGGGUUCUAUCACGCUAAAGGUUCCUUGGAAAAGUUUGGGUAAAGAACCUGUUAUUGUUCUCAUUGAUCGUGUCUUUGUUCUUGCAUAUCCUGCAUCUAAUGAUAGGACUAUUAAGGAGGAGGAUAGGGAAAAACUCUUUGAAUCGAAACUUCAACAGAUUGAGGAAGCAGAAUCAGCAACUCUUGAAGCAUUGCAAAGGUUGAAGCCAGGAAGUCCACCUUCUGGAAACUCAUGGCUUGGUUCUCUUAUUGCUACGAUUAUUGGAAAUCUGAAGAUAUCAAUUAGCAAUGUACAUGUCAGAUAUGAGGAUUGUGUAAGUAAUCCAGGACAUCCAUUUUCUUCUGGUGUUACCCUAGCUAAGCUUGCUGCAGUCACAAUGGAUGAGGAUGGAAAUGAAACCUUUGAUACCAGUGGUGCACUGGAUAAGUUGCGUAAGUCAUUGCAACUAGAGAGGCUUGCCAUGUAUCAUGAUUCCGAUAAGCUUCCCUGGAAGGUGGAUAAGAAAUGGGAAGAUCUUAGUCCAAAGGAAUGGAUUGAGAUAUUUGAAGAUGGUAUAAAUGAACCUGAUGCUGGCAGUAAACUGGUGUCUAAAUGGGCUAUGAAUCGUAACUAUUUUGUGUCCCCAAUAAAUGGAGUCCUUAAAUAUCAUCGACUUGGAAAUCAAGAAAGAAAUGAUCCUGAUGUUCCUUUGGAGAAGGCUUCUGUUGUCUUAAGUGAUGUCUCCUUAACAAUCACAGAGGUGCAAUAUCAUGAUUGGAUAAAACUUUUGGAAGUUGUCUCAAGAUACAGGACAUAUGUUGAAAUUUCCCAUUUAAGACCUGCGGUGCCAGUCUUAAAGGGUACUACUCGUCUGUGGUGGCAUUAUGCUGCUCAGGCCAGCCUGCAGCAGAAAAAAAUGUGCUACCACUUCUCAUGGGAUCAAAUUCGGCAUCUUUGCCAGCUUCGUCGACACUAUAUUCAAUUGUAUGCUACUUCAUUGCAGCAGUCAUCAAAUAUUGAUAACUCAGAAAUGAGAGAAAUUGAGAAAGAUCUCGACUCUAAAGUAAUUCUUUUAUGGAGGUUACUUGCGCAUGCCAAGGUUGAAUCAGUAAAGUCAAAGGAAGCAGCAGAAAAGAGGAGGUUGAAAAAGAAAAGCUGGUUUUCGUUUGGAUGGGGUACAAACUCAGAAGCUGCAUCAGAUGGCGGUGCUUCUGAGAAUUCGCAGUUAAGUGAGGGAAGUCUUACAAAAGAAGAAUGGGAAGCCAUCAAUAAGUUAGUGAGUUGCCAGCCAGAUGAUGAGUUGAUGUCACAUUCAGGGAAAGACUUGCAGAAUAUGAUCCAGUUUUUGGUUUCUGUAUCAAUUGGUCAAUCUGCAGCCAGAAUUAUCAAUACAAGUCAGACUGAGAUUAUUUGUGGUAGAUUUGAGCAACUUCAUGUAGAGACCAAGUUUAAACAUCGCAGUACCCAAUGUGAUGUGAAGCUGAGAUUUUAUGGUUUGUCUGCUCCUGAAGGUUCACUUGUGCAGAGCGUCUGCAACGAACGGAAGGAGAAUGCUCUUACUGCUAGUUUUGUACACUCACCAGUUGGAGAGAGUGUUGACUGGAGGUUGUCAGCUACAAUUUCUCCAUGUCAUGUUACGGUUUUGGUGGAGAGCUUUGAUCGUUUUUUUGAAUUUGUGAAGAGGAGUAAUGCUGUUAGCCCUACAGUUGCGAUGGAGACUGCUACUGCAUUACAGAUGAAGAUUGAGAAAGUGACUCGCCAAGCGCAGGAGCAGUUUCAGAUGGUGUUAGAGGAACAAAGCAGAUUUGCUCUCGACAUCGAUCUUGAUGCCCCAAAAGUUAGGAUUCCCAUAAGGACAAAUGGCUAUUCCAAAUGUGAUAGCCAUUUUAUUUUGGAUUUUGGUCAUUUCACAUUGCAUACUAUGGAAAGUCAAUCUGUUGAACAGAGGCAGAAUCUAUAUUCUCGUUUCUACAUAUCUGGAAGAGAUAUUGCUGCUUUCUUUACAGAUUGUGGCUCUGAUUGUCAGAACUGCACUUUGUUCAAACCAAAUUCCAAUUAUCAAACAAUAUUAUCUCCCCGGCCAGGCAAAGUUGAUUUCUAUUCUGUUAUUGAUAGGUGUGGAAUGGCAGUAAUUGUUGAGCAGAUUAAAGUUCCUCACCCGAGUUACCCAUCAACACGAGUUUCUUUCCAAGUGCCAAAUCUUGGCAUUCACCUUUCACCAUCAAGAUAUUGCAGGCUUAUGGAAUUGCUGAACAUAUUUAAUGGUUCCAAGGAUCACUCUAAUCAGCCUGGUAUUGAUAAUUCCCAUCCAGAUAAUGCCCCUUGGACUUCUGCAGACCUUACUGCUGAUGCUAGAAUUCUAGUCUGGAAGGGCAUUGGCAACUCUGUCGCAACGUGGCAGCCUUGUUUUCUUGUGUUAUCUGGAUUUUAUCUUUAUGUCUUGGAAUCUGAAAAAUCUCAAAGCUACCAGCGAUACUUGAGCAUGGCUGGUAGACAGGUAUUUGAGGUUGCAUCCGAAAAAAUUGGUGGUUCAUCAUCUUGUAUUGCAGUGAGCUUCAGAGGGAUGGACCCCAAAAAGGCUUUGGAGUCUUCUGGUACCUGGGUUAUUGAAUUUCGGGAGGAGGAGAAGACUGCUUGGCUGAGAGGACUUGUUCAAGCCACAUAUCAAGCUUCUGCUCCUGCAUCAGUUGAUCUGCUCAGAGAAACAAGUGAUGGUAUUAGUGAGUCUGAUGAUCCUCGAAGAACAAGUUCAAAGACUGGUGACAUUGUAAUUAAUGGGGCAGUGGUUGAGACAAAGUUAUGGAUAUAUGGAAAGACUGAGGAUGAAGCCAAAGAGAAAUGUGAAGAAAGACUAAUUCUUGAGGUUAUUGCCUGUGGGGGAAAGGUACACAUGAUAAGUUGUGAGAGUGACCUAAUGGUCAAGACAAAACUGCAUUCUUUACAAAUUAAGGAUGAACUUCAAGGUCGUCUGUCUGGGAAUCCACAGUACCUAGCCUGCUCUGUGCUGAAGAAUGAGAAUUUACUUGAAUCUCCAGUUGCUUCUGAGUCUCAUGAGAAAGAGAUGUCUGUAGAGCACCUGGAUGAUGAAGAUACUUUUACGGAUGCUCUACCAGAAUUUGCCUCUUUGUUGCAACAUGUAGAUCCUGAUAGAUUUGACCCUGCUGGAGCCUUAAUUUCUGAAGAGGAGCUGAUACAAGGAAAAGGAUUAUCUGGAGAGAUAUUUUAUGAAGCACAGGGUGGUGAUUAUUUGGAUUUUGUAACUGUUACCUUCUCAAGUAGGAGUUCCUGUUCGCCUGUUUAUAAUGGUAUAGAUACCCAGAUGAGUAUCCGAAUGUCCAAACUGGAGUUCUUCUUUAACAGACUCACUUUAGUUGCUUUGAUCAGUUUUGCCUUGGAUCUAAGCACUGUGAGUUACUUGGAGAGUAAUACAGAGAUAAACAAAACAUCAGAUGAUAAAGAAAAGUCUGAAGAAAGUGGUCGAAUUGAAGGAUUACUAGGGUAUGGUAAAGACCGUGUAGUAUUUCGUUUGAAUAUGAACAUAAAUAGUGUUGCAGUGUUUCUUAACAAGGAGGAUGGAUCUCAGCUUGCAAUGUUUUUGCAAGAAAGUUUCCUAUUAGAUCUUAAGGUCCAUCCCGGUUCUCUUUCCAUUGAAGGCGCACUUGGAAAUUUCAGACUCCGUGAUAUGUCUCUUGCAGCGGAUAACUGUUGGGGAUGGCUAUGUGAUAUACGUAACCCAGGGGUUGAAUCUCUUAUCAAGUUCAAAUUUACUUCUUACUGUGUGGGAGAUGUUGACUAUGAAGGAUAUGAUUACAGCUUGUCUGGUCGGCUUUCUGCUGUUCGCAUUGUUUUUCUCUAUAGGUUUGUUCAGGAGAUAACAGCUUACUUCAUGGAACUUGCUACUCCACAUACAGAGGAUGUAAUAAAACUUGUUGACAAAGUUGGAGACUUUGAGUGGCUAGUUCAGAAAUAUGAGAUUGAAGGGGCUGCUGCAUUGAAGCUUGACCUCUCGCUUGACACUCCGAUAAUAAUUGUUCCUGGGAAUUCAACAAGCAAAGAUUUCAUUCAAUUUGAUCUGGGUCAGCUGAAGGUGACAAAUGAAAUAAGUUGGCAUGGAUGCCCUGACAAAGAUCCUUCAGCUGUCCAUGUAGAUGUUCUUCAUGCGGAGAUUCAAGGAGUAAACAUGUCUAUAGGUAUCAAUGGUACUUUAGGUACUCCAAUGAUUCAUGAAGCCAGGGGACUUGAUGUUUAUGUGCGUCGGAGUUUGAGGGAUGUUUUCAAAAAAGUCCCUACAUUAUCUCUGGAUAUUAAGGUGGGUUUCUUGCAUGUUGUGAUGUCUGAUAAAGAGUAUAAUGUUGUUUUGAAUUGUAUGACCAUGAAUUUAAGUGAAGUUCCAAGGCUUCCUCCAAGCUUUCGGGGUAGCGAAUCUGUCUCUAAAGAUACAAUGCGGCUGCUGGUUGACAAGGUCAACAUGAAUGGUCAAAUGCUAUUCUCACGUAGUGUAACCAUAAUAGCAGUUGAAGUUGGUUAUGCCCUGUUGGAGCUGCAUAAUGUUAUUCUUGAGGAUUCACCUUUAGCUCAUAUUGCUUUGGAAGGUCUUUGGGUUUCAUACAGGAUGACUUCAUUGUCCGAAACAGAUCUGUAUGUAACCAUUCCCAAAUUUUCUAUUCUGGACAUUCGCCCAAAGACAAAGCCUGAAAUGCGCCUCAUGCUUGGAUCAUCUACGGAUGCUUCCAAACAAGCUUCUGCUGGAAACUUUCCCUUUUCAAAUAAGUCCAGUUUUAGCGGAGCAAAUUCCAAAGUUGGUUCUGUCUUGGAUCUACCAAUUUCAACAAUGUUUUUGACAGACUAUAGAUGGCGAGAAUCUUCCCAAUCACUUGUACUUCGGCUUCAGCAGCCUCGAUUACUUGUGGUACCAGAUUUUCUUCUUGCUGUAGCUGAGUUUUUUGUGCCUGCUCUGGGAGCAAUAACAGGAAGGGAUGAAACAAUGGAUCCAAAGAAUGACCCAAUAAGUAAGAAUAGCAUAGUUCUCGCUGAGCCUGUCUAUAAACAGAGUGAAGAUGUGGUGCACUUGUCUCCAAGUAGACAGUUGGUUGUUGAUGCCCUGGGCAUUGAUGAGUACACAUAUGAUGGUUGUGGAAAGACUAUCUUUUUAAAUGAAGGAAAUGAUACGAAGGAAUCACAUUCAACAAAAUUUCGUCCAAUUAUAAUUGUUGGAUGUGGCAAGAAGUUGCGGUUUGUCAAUGUGAAAAUUGAGAAUGGUUCUCUUUUGAGAAAGUAUAUGUACUUGAGCAAUGAAAGCAGCUAUUCAGUCUCCCAAGAAGAUGGUGUUGAAAUUAUCUUGAUUGAUAAACGCUCUUCUGAUGAUAAGAGAAUUCCUGAUAAUGUGAUUGAACUAUCAGGCAUGGAAGUUGCUCCAUAUUUACAAGAUGAUCCAAAUGUUGUGCGGAGUUUCACUUUUGAAGCUCAGGUUGUUUCUCCAGAGUUCACCUUCUAUGACGGUGCAAAGUCCCCUUUGGAUGAUUCCUCUUAUGGUGAAAAGCUCUUGCGUGCAAAAAUGGAUUUAAACUUCAUGUAUGCAUCAAAGGAAAAUGAUACAUGGAUUCGUGCCCUGGUGAAGGAUCUGACGGUUGAGGCUGGUUCUGGGCUUGUCAUACUUGACCCAGUGGAUAUUUCAGGGGCAUAUACUUCAGUCAAGGAGAGAAUUAAUAUGUCUCUGAUAUCAACUGAUAUAUGCAUCCAUCUUUCACUGAGUACAAUUUCUCUUCUGCUUAACCUUCAAAGACAAGCUGCAGCAGCAUUACAAUUUGGAAAUGCCACUCCUCUGGCUAUUUGCACAAAUUUUGACAGAAUUUGGGUGUCUCCAAAAGAAAAUGGGCCUCAUAAUAAUCUUACCAUUUGGAGGCCUCAAGCUCCAUCAAACUAUGUUAUAUUGGGAGAUUGUGUGACUUCAAGGCCAAUUCCUCCUUCACAGGCAGUGCUAGCAGUAAGUAAUACAUAUGGGCGAGUGAGGAAGCCUCUUGGUUUCAAUCUUAUUGGCUUUUUCUCUCAUGUCCUGAAAUUCAAUGGAAGCGAAGAUCAUUCUAAUCUUGAUAAUGAUUGCUCUCUAUGGAUGCCCAUUGCUCCCCCAGGAUAUACCACAAUGGGUUGUGUAGCAAAUAGAGGAAAAGAACCACCACCAAAUCAUACUGUUUAUUGCCUGCGUUCUGACCUUGUAACAUCUACAAGUUUUUCAGAAUGCUUGCUAAAUUCCCCUUCGAAUCAAUGGCUUUCUUCUGGAUUCAGUAUAUGGCGAUUGGAAAAUGCUCUUGGAUCAUUUCAUGCACAUUCUUCAACUGAAUGCCCUUCAAAUGAGAUGUGUUGUGAUCUGAGUCAUCUUCUUCUCUGGAAUUCAUUUCGGUCUUACUCAUCAUUUACGGAAUCCCUCUCAGAUUUUUCUGUUGGCCGUGAUCUUGCAAUUCAUCAAACAAGUGACCAGAAUGCUGGCUCAUCUGGGUGGGACUUUCUCAGGGCAAUCUCAAAAGCAAAUAAUUGCUACAUGUCAACCCCUCACUUUGAGAGAAUCUGGUGGGACAAGGGUAGUGACCUCCGCCGACCAGUGUCAAUUUGGAGGCCCAUCUCACGUUCUGGUUUUGCCAUAGUUGGUGAUUACAUAAUUGAAGGCCUAGAACCUCCUACUUUGGGCAUAAUAUUUAAGGCAGAUGAUCCAGAUGUCUCUGCAAAGCCAGUGCAGUUUGCCAAAGUUGCCCACAUUGUAGGGAAAGGUUUUGACGAAGCUUUCUUCUGGUACCCAAUUGCACCUCCUGGUUAUGCUUCUCUGGGAUGUGUUGUUUCCAGAACAGAUGAAGCCCCAUCUGUUGAUUCAUUUUGCUGCCCAAGGAUGGAUCUUGUUAACCAAGCCAAUAUUGAUGAGGGGCCCAUCUCAAGAUCUUCAAGCUUGAAGGCAUCCCAGUGCUGGAGCAUUUGGAAAGUUCAAAAUCAGGCAUGUACUUUUCUUGCACGCUCUGAUCUGAAAAAACCAUCACCUCGGUUGGCAUACACUAUUGGUGAUGCUGUAAAGCCAAAGACACGGGAGAAUGUGGUUGCUGAGAUGAAACUAAGAUACUUCUCCCUAACUGUUUUAGACAGCUUACAUGGAAUGAUGACACCACUCUUUGAUGUAACAAUCACAAAUAUCAAGCUGGCAACACAUGGCCAACUAGAGGCAAUGAAUGCAGUCCUCAUUUCUUCUAUUGCUGCUUCAACCUUCAAUACACAAUUGGAAGCAUGGGAGCCCCUGGUGGAGCCAUUUGAUGGAAUAUUUAAGUUUGAAACAUAUGAGACCAAUGCCCAUGCACCAUCCAGACCAGGAAAGAGAGUGCGUAUUGCUGCUACUAAUAUUGUGAAUAUAAAUGUCAGUGCUGCAAAUCUUGAAACUUUUGUAGAGACCAUUCUUUCAUGGAGAAGACAGUUAGAGCUUGAACAGAGAACAACCAAGUUAAUCAAGGAGGCUGAUCGGCAUUCUAGACACGGAGAAGAUCAAACCUUUUCUGCACUGGAUGAAGAUGAUUUUCAGACUGUAGUAGUAGAGAAUAAACUUGGGCAUGAUAUGUUUCUAAGAAUGGUUGAGCAGAACUCUGAUAUAGUUGACCAAUUACAUCAUGGUGACUGUGCUUCAGUUCGGAUUCCACCUGCAAGGUUUUCAGAUCGCUUAAAUGUUGCAGAUCAGACUAGGGAAUCGCGUUGUUAUGUUGCUGUACAGAUUCUUCAUGCUAAGGAUUUACCCAUAUUGGAUGAUGGCAACAGCCAUAACUUCUUUUGUGCCUUACGGCUUGUUGUUGAUAGUCAGGCAACAGAUCAGCAAAAACCUUUUCCUCAGAGUGCAAGGACAAAAUGUGUUAAGCCUUCAUUUUCAGAUACUGAUUGUCCAGAUAAAGGCAAUGCAAAAUGGAAUGAACUAUUCAUCUUUGAGGUUCCUUGGAAGGGAGGGGCUAAGUUAGAAGUGGAGGUAACAAACUUGGCAGCAAAAGCUGGAAAAGGAGAGGUUGUUGGUGCUUUCUCAUUUCCUGUUGGGCACGGUGUGAGUGUUCUAAAGAAGGUAUCUUCAGCGAGGAUACUGCAUCAACCAAAUGAUGUUCAGGAUGUUGUUUCCUAUCCACUGAGCAAAAGGUCCAAAAAUGUUGAAGACAUGCAUGAGUGUGGAUGCCUGUUUGUUUCCACUUCUUAUUUUGAGAGGAAUGCAGCAGCAAACUUUCAAAGAGAUUUUGAUAGCAAGAAUGCUGGUGGUAGAGAUGUAGGUUUCUGGGUUGGGCUGGGCCCAGAAGGUCCAUGGGAGGGUGUUCGCUCACUGCUUCCAUUGUCAGUGAUUCCAAAAUCAAUACAAAAUGAUUUCAUUGCAAUGGAAGUUGUCAUGAAAAAUGGAAAGAAGCAUGCUGUUUUCAGGGGUCUUGCAACUGUUGCAAAUGAUUCAGAUGUAAAUUUGGAUAUUUUCAAUUGUCACAUGUCUAUGGUUCAGGAUCUAGGUAUAGGUAGCCACAACAUUGUUCUGGAAGAGAUUUUUGAAAAUCAACGUUAUCAACCACUUUCUGGUUGGUCCAAUGACUUGCCUGGCGUUUGUAGUGAUGAUCCAGGACCCUGGAGCACCAAAGAUUUAUCAUAUUCAUCAAAGGAUAUUUUUGAACCUACCCUUCACCAUGGAUGGCAGUGGAUAUCAAAUUGGGCUAUUGAUAAAUCUGAUUUUGUUGAUGUGGAUGGCUGGGCUUGUGGACCUGACUUUCAAAGUCUUAAAAGAUGGCCUCCAACCUCUUCAAAAUCAGGUACAAAAUCCUCAAAUAAUGUUGUUCGCAGAAGGCGUUGGAUUCGACUUAGACAACAAUUUACCAAUAAAGAAAAAACUGGUUUGAAGAGUGGCUUCACUGCUAUUAAUCCUGGAUCCUCUACUGUUUUACCGUGGGAUAGUACAUUCAGAGAUUCAGAGCAGUGUUUAUGCAUGCGCCCUUCUGUUGAUCAUCCUCAACCCCCAUAUAAAUGGGGUCAGGCAGUCGCUAUUGGUUCUAGUUUUGCAAGUGGAAAGGACCAGCUUUUUGUUGAUCAAGGGAAGCAAGAAGCCAAAACCACUAAUUUUGCUCUCAAGUUGAAUCAACUCAAGAAGAAAGAUGUACUUAUUUGCUGUUAUCCUGCUUCUGGAAGUAAACAAGUCUGGCUUAGUGUAAGUGCAGACGCAUCAGUUCUUAACACGGAGCUUAAUCAACCUGUUUAUGAUUGGAGGAUCUCUGUUAAUGCUCCUUUGAAGUUGGAAAAUCGACUUCCUUGUCCAGCUGUGUUUACAGUUUGGGAAAGAACAAGAGAAGGGAACUUCACUGAACGGAGCAAGGGUAAGAUAUCUACUCGCAGGAGUGCACAUAUAUAUUCAGCAGAUAUCCAGAGACCUAUUUAUCUUAAAUUGUUUGUUGAAGGUGGUUGGGUUACGGAAAAGGACCCCAUUCUUGUUCUGGAUCCUUCUUCCAGUGAUCAUGUUUCAUCAUUCUGGAUUGUCAACCUGCAAACUAAAAGGAGAUUGUGUGUGAGGAUUGAACGAGAUAUGGGAGAAACCAGUGCUGCACCCAAGAUAAUAAGGUUUUUUGUUCCAUAUUGGAUAAUUAAUGAUUCGUCGUUGCCUUUAGCAUAUCAAUUGGUGGAAAUUGAUGCCACAGAUAAUACAGAAGUUGAAUCCAGCUCUCUAUCUAGAUCAUUUAAGUCUGCAAAAACAAUCUUGAGAACUUCCACGCACUCAAUGGACAGGAAAUAUUCAGGUCUAAGGAGAAACAUCCAAGUAGUUGAAGUAAUUGAGGACAUUAGUCCUAUGCCCAGCAUGCUUUCCCCACAAGACUCUGUAGGUCGUCGUGGUGUUGCACUGUUUCCAUCACAGAAGGAUACUUAUGUUUCUCCACAAGUUGGCAUUGCAGUUGCUAUUCAUAAUUCUGAAAUUUACAGUCCUGGGAUUUCUCUCUUGGAGAUGGAAAAGAAGGAACGUGUUGAUGUAAAGGCAUUUAAUUCAGAUGGAUCUUACUACAAGCUUUCAGCUGUACUUAACAUGACCUCAGAUAGAACAAAGGUCAUUCAUCUUCAGCCGCACACCUUAUUUAUUAACAGAGUUGGCAUCAGUAUCUGCUUGCAGCAGUGUGAUUCACAGUCAGUUGAAUGGAUCCAUCCUACUUCUCCUCCUAAACUCUUUGGAUGGGGUUCUGGCAAAGUUGAACUGUUGAAGUUGUGGGUGGAUGGAUAUAGGUGGAGCAUACCGUUUAGUGUUUCUAGUGAAGGCAUGAUGCGCAUUUCAUUAAAAAGAGAUACUGGAGGUGAACCUUUGCUGAUCAGAGUACAAGUUAGAAGUGGAACAAAAGGUUCACGCUAUGAAGUUAUUUUCCGUCGAAAUUCCUCAUCAAGUCCUUACAGGAUUGAGAAUCAUUCCAUGUUUCUACCACUUCGCUGUCGGCAAGUAGAUGGUACUAGUGAUUCAUGGCAGCUUGUUCUUCCUAAUACUGCUGUUUCUUUCUUGUGGGAAGAUCUUGGCAGACGACAUCUGUUGGAAGUCCUUGUGGAUGGGGCUGACACAUCAAGGUCAGAGAAGUAUGAUAUUGAUAAGAUCAGCGAUAACCAGUCCUUCAAUGCAACGGGUGGACAUUCCAGAGCUCUGCGUGUUACUGUCCUAAAAGAAGAGAAAGCAAAUGUUGUUAAAAUUAGAGACUUGUUGCCUGAAAAUGAGCCACCAGCACUUUUGAACCAAAGAACAUCGUCAUCAUUGUCAGAGUUUCAAGGAAAUAAGCCUCAUAUUCAACAAUCAAAAAAUGCAUUAGAAUCUGAGUUUCAUGUUGAUGUUGAGCUUGCUGAGCUUGGUGUAUCCAUCAUUGACCAUACUCCUGAGGAGAUACUGUAUCUAUCCGUGCAAAGUCUUCUCUUGGCAUCUUCAACUGGCCUGGGCUCUGGGAUUAGUCGGUUCGAAUUAACAAUGCGUGGGAUUCAAGUAGAUAACCAGUUGCCAUUAACUCCAAUGCCAGUUCUCUUUAGGCCGCAGAGAACUGAGGAAACUGAUUAUAUGUUGAAAUUUUCUGUGACUUUGCAGACCAAUGGGUCACUUGAUCUUUGUGUUUAUCCAUACAUAGGUUUCCAAGGGCCUGAAAAUUCAGCCUUUUUGAUAAAUAUUCAUGAACCUAUUAUUUGGCGCAUUCAUGAGAUGAUCCAGCAGGUCAACCUAAGUAGGUUAUAUGAUACUAAUACAACUGCUGUUUCAGUUGAUCCCAUCAUUCAAAUUGGUGUUCUCAACAUCUCAGAGGUUCGACUCAAAGUGUCAAUGGCUAUGUCACCUAGUCAAAGACCAAGAGGAGUGCUUGGUUUUUGGUCAUCAUUAAUGACUGCUCUGGGAAACACUGAAAACAUGCCAGUCAGGAUAAAUCAAAGAUUUCAUGAGAAUGUUUGCAUGAGGCAGAGUACUAUGAUCAGUAAUGCCAUUUCAAACAUCAAAAAGGAUCUUCUUGGCCAGCCACUGCAACUGCUUUUGGGUGUUGAUAUAUUAGGCAAUGCAAGCAGUGCACUUGGGCAUAUGAGCAAAGGUGUUGCUGCCUUGUCAAUGGAUAAGAAGUUCAUUCAAAGCCGGCAGAGACAGGAGAACAAGGGAGUGGAAAACUUUAGUGGCAUUAUUAGGGAAGGGGGUGGAGCACUAGCCAAAGGCCUGUUCAGAGGAGUAACUGGCAUACUAACUAAGCCUCUUGAAGGUGCAAAAUCUUCUGGUGUUGAGGGCUUUGUUCAGGGUGUUGGGAAAGGAAUCAUAGGGGCAGCUGCCCAACCUGUUAGUGGGGUCCUGGAUCUUUUGUCAAAAACUACUGAAGGUGCAAAUGCUAUGAGAAUGAAGAUAGUAUCUGCUAUAGCUUCAGAUGAACAGCUUCUUCGCAGGAGAUUGCCUCGUGUAAUUAGUGGUGAUAAUUUGCUCCGUCCUUAUGACGACUACAAAGCACAAGGACAGGUUAUAUUGCAGUUGGCAGAAUGUGGUUCUUUCUUUGGUCAGGUGGAUCUAUUCAAAGUACGUGCAAAAUUUGCCUUAUCAGAUGCCUAUGAAGGUCACUUUGUACUCCCCAAAGGAAAAACCCUAAUGGUCACUCAUAGAAGAGUUAUAUUGUUGCAGCAAACAUCCAACAUUACUCACAGGAAGUUUAACCCUGCAAGGGAUCCAUGUUCAGUAUUGUGGGAUGUAACAUGGGAUAAUCUAGCAACAAUUGAUUUGACUCAUGGAAAGAAAGACCAGCCAAAAGCUCCACCUUCACGGCUUAUACUUUAUUUAAAUAUUAGACCAACAGAAAUGAAGGAACAAGUCCGUGUUAUUAAAUGUAGCCGUGAUACCCGUCAGGCUCUUGAUAUUCACUCUUCAAUCAUACAGGCAAUGCAGACAUUUGGGCAAAACGCUUCAAAGGAUAUGCUGAAGAAGAAAGUCACAAAACCAUAUUCACCAAUUGCGGAUGGCCGCAUUGAAGCCAUACCAAAAGGAGGUUACUCAUGAUCUUCUCAACAUUGCCAACACUGAGUUCAACUUUUGGGAGCAGCACCCGCUAAUUUAGGAAGUCAGUGGCAAUAGAGAAUUAUUUACGGUACUUCCAUUAACAUUAAUUCAAUGUUUGCAUCUAUAUAUCAGUUCUAAAGUUUUGCCUUAAAUUGCCCCUCCUGUUUGAAAGUUAUGACAUCAGAGGGCAGAGCUUCUAUUCUUUGACAUUGUUGAACAUACUAGCAAAGUCCUAUUUCACAUUUUUAUAUAAUUCUAUUGAAUUGAGAAUUAUUGAAUCAAAUUGUGGUAUAAAA